UUACUCACUCACUCUUGAACUGUAUUGUUUGUUUCUACCACAACAUAAACAAAAUUAAAAUGUUCAAACUCUUCAUCUUCGCUUGCUUCCUCGCCCUUGCUGCGGCCAAGCCUGGCGUGUUUCCGGGCGCUUACACCGCGCCGGUAGCCGCAGCGUACACCGCACCUGUAGCCGCGGCAUACACUGCUCCCCUCGCCUACUCCGCCUACUCUGCCUACACCGCGCCUGUUGCUGCAUACUCUGCUUACCCAUAUGCAUCUCCUUAUGCUGCGUACUACCUUCGUCGUUAGUUAAAUCGAAGAAAAUGCCAUUUUUACCCGCUAAAUAUCUAAUAAAUAAAACAACACUUGAGGAAAGUCAUUUCAAGGAUGUGUACAUUCAGAAAAAUGCCUGUAUAUUACAGCCAAAUAACCUGUACGAAUGUUUUGAUAGUUUAUGUAAUUUGUUGUUUAUUGUAUGAACCAAUUUGUUGAAAAUGUUAAGAUUAUAUUCCAAUAUACAGUUAUAUAAAUU